CCCGCCCCUGCGCACCAACCCCACUUCCGCUCCUGCGCUCUGCAGUCGGCGGACAUGGCCGCCUCCCGCUUACCUCCGGCAACACUAACGCUGAAGCAGUUCCUGCGAAGGCAGCAAGUUCUCCUUCUCUACAGAAGGAUUUUACGAGCAAUCCGGCAAGUACCAGAUGAUUCUGAUCGCAGAUACCUGAAGGACUGGGCAAGGGGAGAAUUCAAAAGGAACAAAAGUGCCACCCAAGAGGAUACAAUCCGGAUGAUGAUCACUCAAGGCAAUAUGCAGCUCAAGGAAUUAGAAAAAACACUUGCUUUAGCAAAAUCUUAAGUGUAGCACUAUUCUGAAGGGUUUUUAGUCUCCAUGUGUUUUGCUGAGUUGCGGCUUAACAACAGACAGCUCAAAGCGAAGCUGAACUGUUUGUAUGUACAGUCCUUGGGCAAAAUAUGAGAAGAUGGAGCAUGGUAUGUCACAGAGUGGGCCCCUCCUCCCCCAGAAAAAGCCAUCAAAAUGAUUGCCUUAGCACUGAAAAGCAAACCAUGAGCUUUAAAAAUGUUCCUGGAUGUAUUAGCAGUUUUCUUUAAGAAGCAAAAAGUACUGCAGCAAUUGGCCAGCUAGCACAGAAGGAGAUGGUCAACACAAUCUUCAAGAAAAUGCACAUCAAAACCACGGUGUGGGGGUGGGCAUUAUGGCACAGGCUGUAAAGAUUAAAUGCUUAUUCCAUAA